AUGUCGCUCUCAAUCAUAGAUGCCCAGCGCGACAUCAUCUUGGGCACAAUACGGCAGAUCACACGCGGCGACUGGAAAGUGUUGGUUGUCGACCCAGACUCCCAGAAGCUCAUAAGCAAUGUAAUCGACCAAGACCAAAUCCUCAACGAGAAUGUCACCAACAUCGAAGUCAUCACCGACCGCCGGCCCACGAACCGCGAUGUCGAUGCCAUAUACCUCCUCACGCCGCAGCCACAUAUCGUCGACUGUGUCAUGGCAGACUUCGACAAGAGGAAGUACAGAAAGGCACAUUUGGUGUGGACGAGUUUAUUACAUCCCACCUUGAGAGACAGAAUCGACAAGUCGAGUAUUGCGCGAGAACAGAUUGCACUCUUCAAAGUGCUCAACGUCGAGUUCUAUCCCCGCGAGUCCCACCUCGUUACCUUCAGAGACCCAUGGAGCUUCCCGGUGCUGUUUCACCCUGCCUGCAACAAUUUGGUCAGGCAGCAUCUUGAGGACCUGGCGCAGAAGAUUGUGGGAGUUUGUGUCUCACUCGGCGAAUACCCAACCAUCCGCUACUACCGACCACAAACACCCACCCAUGAGGCAAGCAUAUUGUGCUCCCAUCUCGCUAGAUUCGUGCAGGAUGAGCUUGAUUUGUACGCCAAAUUCCAUGACGACUUUCCACCCCAGACAGCCAGACCGCGUGGAGCUUUGUACAUCGUUGACCGAUCUAUGGACCUAUUUGCUCCGCUCGUGCACGAAUUCACAUACCAAGCCAUGGCUCACGAUCUGUUGCCGAUCAAGGAAGGCGACAAGGUCACCUACCGAACCAUUGUGAACGAAGGCCAACCGGAUCAGGAAGAGAAAGACGUCGAGAUCAGCGACAAAGAUAAGAUUUGGGUCGAACACAGGCACAGGCAUAUGAAGGAUGUCAUCGAUAAAAUCACAGCAGACUUCAGGAAGUUCACGUCAGAGAACGCAAACUUCACCAAGAAGGAUAGCGAAGGCGUGAGUUUGAAUACGAUCAAGGACAUGAUGGCUGGGCUGCCUCAGUUCCAAGAGCAGAAAGAAGCAUGGGCACUCAACUUGGGUAUGGCGCAAGAAGCUAUGAAUCGAUUCCAGAAGUUCAAGCUGCCAGAUCUUGCCACCGUGGAGCAGAUACUUGCCACUGGUCUUGAUGAGGAGUAUAAGAAACCGAAAGGCGUGGCCAACCAAGUUGUUGCCAUGUUGGACGAAGACGGCAUCACGCCUCCCGAUCGACUGCGACUUCUCAUGCUCUACACGCUCUUCCGAGACGGCAUGCCACCUUCUGACCUCGAGAAGCUGAUGUAUCAUGCACAGCUAGCACCGCAGCUGGACGGCACGAUCAUACGCAAUCUAGACCUGGUCGGCGCACGUGUGGAGCGCAACAUCAAGGAUUCGCGGCCCAUACCUCAGCCACUCUUUCCCAAAAAGCCUCCGCCGGGCUAUACGAUGGAAGAAUAUGCCCUUAGCAGAUACGAAACAGUCUUGCAAAAUCUCCUCGAAGCUCAUUCGGCCAAUACGCUGGAUGCCAACACUUUUCCGUACACGAAGCCGCCUCUCGAGAUGAAUGACGGUAUGGCGCAACAGCAGGCUGUCGCUUCCCUGCGCGCCAAGCCCACGUGGGCCAAGACGAGAGCAAAUACCAGCAACGAGAACAGGCAACGGGUCGUUGUGUUCAUGGCUGGUGGCGCUACAUACUCUGAAGCCAGGGCCUGCUACACCACUGGACGCAACAUUAACCGGGAAGUCUUCCUGGUCACAUCACACAUGCAGACCCCUUCAUUGUUCACACGGCAGCUGGGAGACCUGACUACGGACAAGCGGCGGCUGAACAUACCAAUGGACAUGCCCAAACCACAGGCGCCGCGACAUUUAUUCGAACCCGAUGAGCAAGCCAAGCCUCGACCUGCACCUGUCUCAGCACCCACGCUGCAAGCGCAAAGAGCGCCACCGCCUCCGGUCGCGCACAUGAACGCGAUGAACCUUAAUGGGAGAGCGAACGGCAACAGUUCGCCGGCGAAGCUGACAAAGGAUCCCGAGAAGAAAGAGAAAAAGAAGCAUCAUUUCGGCUUCGGCAAGAGCCACAAAGAUAAAUGA